GCCACGAACACACCCAGCAGGGUGUGAGCGGGCGGCACGGAGCCGAGCUGCACACCAGCAACCGCCUGGGAGCUCAGCCCAGCGCUCACCUGGCUGCUCGGUACCCGCUGUCGGAGCCCGACGGGAGCAGGACACUGACCCGCUGUGACAGCCCUGCACCAUGGCAGACCCUCCUGGCUGCUGCCGCCCAUGUGCCACCUGCCUGCUGUGCCUCUACAGCUGCCAGUGGAUCACUGCCAAGAAGGAGAAGAGGAGGGGUCUGAAAACCACCAAGUGUGACUGCAGCUGGUUUUUCUUCCUCUUCUGUGUCUUCCUCUUCACGUUGGUGUGGCUCUACAUUGCCAUCAUCAUCCUCAAUGAUUUCCACAACUUUAAUGAGUUCAUCUUCAAGCAGCAGAAGCUGUGGCUAGACUGGUCCCUGGUCCUGUUGAUAGCAACAGCUGUGCUCAUCACUUACUCAGCUGUGCUGCUGAUCCUUGCUUUGUGCUUGCAGCUCUGUGGCCAGCCCUUGAAGCUGCACUGGCUGCACAAGGUCCUGCUGAUCAUAACUGCCCUCGUGGUGGCUGCAGCCUUCACAGGGCUGGGAAUAAAGUGGGCAGAGGAGUGGAGAAGUGCACGCAUCUCCCUGCAGGCAACAGGUCCCUUCCUGCACAUUGGAAUUGUGGGAGGAAUGACGCUCCUUGCCUGGCCAUUGGCCAGCGUCAUCUACCGCACCCACAGCACAGGCCUCAAGGUGUUCCUGCUGCUUGCAUACUCGGCAGUGAUGAUUGCCCUUUACCUGGCUCCCCUGGGGAUCACCUCACCCUGCAUCAUGGAGGAGAACCAGCUGCCCCCCAAGCCGGCCCUGGUUGGCCACCGAGGAGCCCCUAUGCUGGCCCCUGAAAACACCCUCAUGUCUCUGCGCAAGGCAGUGGACUGCGAUGUGCAAGUCUUUGAGACGGACGUCAUGGUGAGUGCUGAUGGGGUCCCAUUCCUCAUGCAUGAUGAGAAGCUCACCAGGACCACCAAUGUGCAGACUGUGUUCCCUGAGAGAGCCACCCUGAACAGCACUGCCUUCAACUGGACAGACCUCCAGCAGCUCAAUGCUGGCAGCUGGUUCCUGGAGAGGAGACCAUUUCCCAGUGUGCAAAGUCUUUCACAUGGCGAUCGCAUGCAGGCGACUCGGCAGAAGAUCCCAUCCCUGGAACAGGUGCUGGAUGCAGCCAAGGAGAGCAAUAUCUCCAUCAUGUUUGACCUCCGGCCAGAGAACCACAGCGAUUACCAGAGCUUUGUCAAUGCCACCCUGGAAGUCAUCCUACAGUCUGGCAUCCCACUGCAGCAGGUUCUGUGGCUGCCAGAUGGGUUCAGGGAGCAGGUCAAACAACAAGUCCCAGGCGUUCAGCAGAUUUAUGGCCGGAAGAGACUCCAGGAUGAAAAGGAGCCACUGCUGCACGUCAACCUGCCCUACCAAGACAUGAGCUCUGAGGAGAUCAAGCAGUACCGCCAGGACAACAUCUCAGUCAACCUAUACGUGGUGAAUCAGCCCUGGCUCUUCUCUGUGCUGUGGUGCUCAGGGGUGAGCUCUGUCACCACCAAUGCCUGCCAGGUGCUGAAGGAGAUGAAACGUCCCAUCUGGUUGCUGCCCAGCAGCACGUACCUCAUGAUCUGGAUUGUUGUAGACUGUGUCUCCUUCCUGAUGAUCCUCUGGGCCUUCCUCUUGAUGAAGAAAUGCUCCCAGCGAAGGCGGACGGCUGAGUCUGAGACGGACGUGCUGCUCACAAAGAUCAACAGCCUGAUGCAAGACUGACCCCUCCAGCCUGCAGCGGCCAUGGGGAGGGGCAGCUGGAGAGGUUCACAGCUCAGGCAGGGAGUGCUACCCUGGCUGGAUCCAAGGCUCCUUUCCUUUGCAGCUUCCUGAGCUUGCAGCCUUCCUGGCUCCCGAUGUGGUGCAGAACUACUCUCAUCCAUGAAGACCUGGAACUGGGUCUCUUGCUCCUGCAGGCAGCGAGGGAACAGAGCUGGGGCAGGGGGCUGCUGCUGCUACCUUGUGUCCUGAGAGCUGAACUUUUCUCCAGGACCAAGACCUCAGCCCUGGGGUGCUCGGCUGGAGGCUGGUGGGGGUCUGAGUCACUGUUUGGUGCAGGGGUAUGGCAGCCCGCUGUCAGCAGCAGCACCGGUGAUGGGGAAGCCUUGUUUAAAGUGCUGCUGCCCAGUGGCAGGAGAUGAAUAGGAAGGGAGGUGUGGGUUUGGCACAUGACGGAGGGGGAGCAGAGCCCUUUGCUCCCAGUGCUGAGGAUGGCAGCCUCGCCCCUUCCUGCUGCUGGCUUUGUGCUUGCUGGCCGGGGUGCCCGCUCCCCCCGCAGCCAGUCCUGCGGUGCUGGGGACGGGGAGCGGGGUUGGGGUGGAGGGAACCUGGGCCACGGUGCCCCUACGGUGUUGCACAGCGGCAGGGGAUGCACCAGGGCCGGGAGCACUGUUACUUAGCAUCGGGCACUUUGAACUUGGAGAGGGGAGUCUGUUUCACUUGCUCCUGCCUAUUUA